AGAGGAAACGACGAGUAUAUGACCAGUACGGUAAAGAGGGACUGAAUAACUGCAGAGGACGCCGCGCUGCCGCCGACGACGAUUAUGAAUAUAGCUACGCUAGCUUCCCGUUCACAUUCCGAGACCCCGAAGAGGUUUUCAGAGAAUUCUUUGGCGGCUCUUCAUUCAGCGAUCUUUUCGCAGAAAUCAAUGGGCAUGGACACCAUCACAGACACGGACGCCGGAGUCAUCACCCGAGUACCUCUCUCACUUCGUCUCUGUUCAGCCCGUUCGGCUUCGGCAUGCAGGGGCUAGACGACAUAUUUGCUCACGCUGCGUCCAACGGCAACACGUUCACAUCGUUCUCCACAUUCAACAGCUCACUGGCGGGACCGGGAAGCGCCAACAUGAGAAGCACCACUACAACUACACGUAUGGUUAAUGGAAAAAAAAUCACCACUAAGAAGGUCACGGAGAACGGUCGAGAGACAGUGAUGUCUUACGAGAAUGGGGUCCUGAAAUCAAAGACUGUUAAUGGAGUACCUCAGUCAUUAACAUACAGUUAAAUUAAAUAUUAGCUCUUAACCAAACAUGAUCCAAAUGUUAAUUGUAUUCAAAUUAAUACGACUUUUAUAAGUUCCGGCAAUUUAAUUUUACUUUUGAUUUAUAUCAAUGUUUUCUUUCAAAACGCUUCGACAGUUAAAAGUCAACUUUUUUAGCUAGUUAUUUUACUAUACGUCAUUUAUUUGAAUUAAAUAGUAACCAUAAUUCGUGCCACAUAUUAUUUUGGAUCAAGUUUUGUGUUCAUAAUAUCAAUAACGUUCGCAAACAUAUGAGAACACUAAUAGACUAAUUAAAGUGUAUCCUUAUAGGCCAAGUGCUUUUAACGAAUAAUGUAAAGAAGGUACCUAAAGAUACCUAACUUUUCAAUUAUGUACGUGCCGAGUACAUUUUAAGUUGCACCAAAA